GAGUCAGUCAUCCUCCGGCAGUGGUAGAGGAAGGGUGUGCGUCGCUCGUCUCCUCCGCGGCCGCCUUGUUUCUGUGACCUCGGCCUUACAGUAUUGACCCAAGGAAGAAGACCGGAAGUGCGGGGCGAGGUCAGCGAAAGAAAUUUCAAGGCGACGUAAAAUGAGCGAAGAGGAACCAAAAAAAAGCAAAACAACAAACCCAAAAUGACAUCGAAGAAGAAAAAAAAUAUAAAUUAACGCAGUAAUGAAUGCGGCAAGGCGGCGACGUGACUUAUUUCUCAGCGGCUUCGUGACUUAUCUCCCAGACCUUCGACACUUGAGCCUCGGAGUCGAAUAUUCACUCCUCGCCUCCUUUUUUGGGUGAUAUUUUGUCGUGUUUCACUUCAGCGCGAGAAUUAUGGCGCGUGAAGUGACUGGUGGCGUGCACGAAGGCGGGGAAACCAGGGAACAUACGUUCUGCUAAAAGUGUGCAAGCCGUGACGUCAUUUCUCUUUCCUCUGACGUCAUCCGGUUGUUGUUUGUUUACUUUCAGCCUUUGUAUCGGAGCUUGAAUGUUUUUGCUCUUUUCGCCUUUUUGAGCGGGAACAACACUAAAAUAUGACCUUUGUGUAGUGAAUAUGUAUAGUUCUUAGUAGUUUGCACUGAUAUAACCUGUGAGUGAAGUGAAUUAGUAAGUAAAUGGAACGAAAUAUUGAAAGAAAGAUAAGAUACGGCUAAGAAAAAAAGGUCUUGGUCUUGGUUUUCUGCGGCGAGAAAAACACUUGAAUCUGACCUUUGUAAAGUGACAUUAUUAUCAUAGUGAGUAAUAAGCUUUUUUAGAAACUGAGAUGGAAGUAAAACAGUGAUAAUAAAGGAAGCUAUAUUGAGAUAAAGCAAUAAAUAGUGCCUAAGGAUUAGAAAAUAGUGAAAAUAGGUAAAUAAUAUUGAAUGAAAGUAAGAGAUUCUGCGAGCGAAGCAAAAUAGUGAUAAACAUGAAUUAAUAGUCUGAUAAAACAAUAUAUAGUGCCUGAGAAAAAAUAAUUGAUACUUAAAAAAAACACGGAAUAGAACGAAAACUAGUCAAAAAAAGAAGCAAACCAUAUUAAACAAAAAAAUAACAAAAACGAAGAAAAAUGAAAAGGUAAAAAUAAACCAAACCAAUCACACAAAAAAUAAAAAGAAUACUAAAACAAUGGAACUAAAACGAUACAAACGCAAAACAUGAACGAAAACUAAAACACGUACGAACUAACAAACUAAUCUAAACCAAAAUCAAAAUGAAAGAAUACUAAAAAAAAACGAAAUCAAACCAGAACUAAAUCCAAAAAUGUACAAAAAGUGAAAAAAAACGAAAUCAAACCGGAACUAAACCCAAAAAAUGUACGAACAGUGAAAAAAACGAAAUCAAACCGGAACAAAACCCCCAAAAAUGUACGAACAGUGAAAAAAAAAAAAACGAGCAAAACACAUAAAAAAAAAACAUCACACACAAACCCCAAACCCGAGACUCAGCCCAAGACCAAAAUGACGCCUCCUCUCCUCCACCCACGGCGCCCUCACACCUUCUCAUCAUCCCUCCGCCAAAUCUACGCCUCCCUCGUCCGUACCCGCCCCCUCGCCCCCCAGACACGCCCCCAGGCCCACGCCCACGCCUCAGGGAUAUGGGGGGGCGGGGGGCGAGGCGUGGGCAUGCUGGUGUAUAGGAGCGUGGGCGUGUGGGCGGCCCUGGGCGUGUGUUACCUGGUGGGCAUCGUGGCGGGACCCAUCGCUGGCCCCGCCGUGACCUCUUCGCUCCUGGUGGCCGCCGUGACGUCACUCCUCACGGGUUUCUGCUACGCCGAGUUGGUCACCUGUAUGGAGCAGUGUUCCGGACAGGUGUACACGGCCACCUACCAAUUAGUGGGCGAGUUGGCGGCUUACCUGCUGGGGCUGUUCUAUCUGCUCAUUAACGCGUCUGCUCUGGCGGCCCUCACGAAGGCUCUGUCGUCCACCAUGGAUUACCUGUGCGGCGGCAAGGUGGGCCGGUGGGUGGGGGCAACCCUGGGACACCUACCCGUCACCCACGUGCCCCCGGACUUUAUCGCCGCGGGGGCCUGCAUGUCCGUGGCUGUGAUCCUGGCGCUGGGACUGGAGCAAGCGGGGUUCCUGAGGGCCGUGAUGAGCGGGGUGACGCUGCUGUGCCUGCUGUUCUUCCUGCUGGUGGGCGGCACACACACGGAGGAGGACCCGUCGCAUCUCCAGCAGGCGUUCACGUCGCUGGGCCCGUCGGAGUUGUUGGCGGGCGCGGCGGUCUGCAUGGCGGUGUAUGGCAGUUUCUACGAGGCGGGGCGGCUUGUGAAGGGACAGCGCCGCGCCCACCGCCUGCUGCCCGUCGUGGUGUCCGUGGCGACCGGCUCCUCCUUCCUCGCCUUCUUCGUCCUGGGCAUUGUCUUGACGCUUAUGACGGGGAAUGUGCUCCCCCCAGUGGGCGCCCCGUUGAUACAGGCGAUGGAGAGGAGGGAUGUGAGUUGGGCGAGACUAGUAUUGGGCUGCUUCCAGGUGGUGAUGCUGUGCCUUUCCCUGGUGGAGGCCGCCCUACCACUCUCCCGCCAGCUGGUCUCCCUCUCCUCCGACGGCCUCCUCCCGCCCUUCCUCUCCUCGCAGUGCCCCCGGACAGGCGCCCACGCACACGCACACCUGGCGGGGGGGUCGCUGGCUGCCGUCCUUGCCCUCACGCUCAACCAUGUUCUUCUGUUAAGGGUGUUGGCUACCUGCACACUGGUGGUCCACGUGGUAGUGGUGGUGACGGUGCUCUACAGGCGACACAGAUGCUCCUACGCUGCCCUCUGCUGCCUCGCCGUCACACCCUCCUCCCGCGCCCCUCUCGGCUACCUCCACCUCGCCCCCCGCAGCUCACGUCAGGAGAGGACCUUCCACUUCCUCAAGGACGGUCUUCGGGUGCUUCCUAACCAGCUGGGAAGAGGAGGAGGAAGACACCAGGAGGGAGGAGGAAGAGGAGGAGGAGGAGGCGAGGAGGAGGGUAGCCUUGACACAUCCCACCUGUUGGCUAAUGAGCUUGACCCACCUGCCUCACCCAUCAAGGAGGAGGAGGAGGAGGAAGAGGAGGAAAAGCAGGUGGAGGAGGAGGAGGAGGAGGAAGAGGAGGAUGUGGAGGAGGCCGUGAGGGAGUAUAGAGAGAAGAUACAGGUUGCCACACUGAGAGGGGGGGCGGCAAGGAGUCCCCCCACCCCUGAGUCAGCUCGCCGCGCCCUCCUGCUUGUGAUUGGGGUGUGGGGGGCAUUAGCGGGGGCGGCGGUGGUGGCGGUCUUCGGCAUGGGGAAGGGGGGCGGGGGGCAGGUAUGGGCGGGGGUCCUUGGGGGGUUCUUGCUCCUUGCGGUAAUAGGAGUAGGGGUCCUAUCUCGCCUCCCCGCUCAUUCUCCUCCGCGGGGGUCCUUCCAUGUUCCUGCCCCCCCCUGGUUACCUGCUGCGGCCCUCCUGCUGAAUGUGACGCUGCUGGUUCAGGUGUUGGGGCAUACCUGGCCCCUCCUGGCUACUCUUCUGCCCGCAGCCGCGGCGUGGUACCUCCUCUACGGGCUUGGGCACAGUCAACUGGCGGGUCCCGCGGGGGUGGGGGGCGUGCCCAGGGGCCCCGCGGGGGAGACCAUCCGCCUGGAGCCCCUCACGCCCCCUGCCCUCACCCCCACGCCCCUCCAGGCCCCGCCCCGCUCCAGCCCCGUGCCCCGCUCCACCCAGCCCUACGCCAGGUUGACACAGGUAGACACGGUGUUAAUUAGCAGGUGAGAGUGUGCCCCGUAACCUCGCCCCGCCCCGCCCCGCUGUCUAUUGCUACUGUUAUUGUUAUUAUCAUUAUUAUUAUUAUCAUUAUUAUUUAUUUAUGAUCAUAUUCAACGCUUUUUUUUAUUUCUCUCUCUCUCUCUCUCUCUCUCUCUCUCUCUCUCUCUCUCUCUCUCUCUCUCUCUCUCUCUCUCUCUCUCUCUCUCUCUCUUCAUUCGCUUCUAGUCAUUUUUCAGCUCUAGUGGAAAAGGAGUUAGAAGGAAGAAAAGGGAAGAAAAUGGGGAAGAAAGAUGAUGAAAAAGGAGGUAAAGGGAAGAAGAGGGAAAAGAGAGGGAAGAAUGUGAAGAAUAGAAAAGAAAAGGGAGAAAGGUCGAUAAAUAGUGCUUUCCUUCCUCUACCCUUCUACUUUCUUUCCUUCCUUUCUUUCCUUUACUUUUCUUCCCGUUUUCUGCCUUAAAGUAAUAGAAAUGAGAGAGUGGAAAAGAAGUUAGGAGGAAGAAGAGGGGAGAAAAAGGGGUUUAAACUAUGCUUUCCUUCCUCUUCCCUUCUACUUUCUUUCCUUCCUUUCUUUCCUUUACUUUUCUUCCCGUUUUCUGCCUUAAAAUAAUAGAAAUGAGAGAGUGGAAAAGAAGUUAAGAGAAAGAAGAGGGAAGGAAAAGGGAGAGAAAGGGGUAUAAACUACGCUUUCCUUCCUCUUCCCUUCUACUUUCUUUCCUUCCUUUCUUUCCUUUACUUUUCUUCCCGUUUUCCGCCUCAAAAUAAUAGAAAUGAGAGAGUGGAAAAGAAGUUAGGAGGAAGAAGAGGGGAGAAAAAGGGGUUUAAACUAUGCUUUCCUUCCUCUUCCCUUCUACUUGCUUUCCUUCCUUUCUUUCCUUUACUUUUCUUCCCGUUUUCCGCCUCAAAAUAAUAGACACGAGAAGAUAAAGCAAUGACUAAAUAUUUAAUUAAGGGCUUUUAUCACGCCCAUGGAUAAAGAACAUAGCCUAUCACUAUCAUUAUCACACUAUAGUUUGUCAUUUGUUUAUUUAUUUUACGUAUUUUAACGCUCAUUUGACUAUAUAAGGUUUCGUAGCCAUGUUUUUGUAUUUGUUUUUAUUUAUACUUAUUUAUACGAACGUUCAUUUGACUACAGAAAAACCGUCCUGUGUAUAUAUGUUUUAUUUAUACGGACGCUCAUUUGACUAUAGAGUUUACUGAUAUGGGCGCUCAUUUGACUAUAGAGUUUACUGAUAUGGACGCUCAUUUGACUAUAGAGUUUACUGAUAUGGGCGCUCAUUUGACUAUAGAGUUUACUGAUUUGGACGCUCAUUUGACUAUAGAGUUUACUGAUUUGGACGCUCAUUUGACUAUAGAGUUUACUGAUAUGGGCGCUCAUUUGACUAUAUAAGGUUUCGUAGCCAUAUUUUUGUUUGUUUUUAUUUAUACGGACGCUCAUUUGAGUAGAGAGUUCGUCCUUUGUAUAUUUCUUUUACUUAUAUGGACGCUCAUUUGACCAUAAAGUUUCGUAGCCAUGUUUUCGUUUGUUUAUAUUUAUACGGACGCUCAUUUGACCACUGAAAGUUUGUGCUCUGUAUAUGUUUUACCCUAGAAAGUUACGUAGCCAGGCCUUCUCUUCACUCUAUACAAACGGUUGUUGUUGAGCAGAGACUUUGCUUCUUGUUAAUGCAAUAAAUUAUAAAUUUUA